AUGCCCGCCCCGCCCACCUCUCAGGCACGAGAAAAAAAAGAGUGUAUUUCUUUGCAGCCGAAGGGAAAGAAGGCCAAGGGCAAGAAGGUGGCACCUGCCCCUGCUGUAGUCAAGAAGCAGGAGGCCAAGAAGGUUGUCAAUCCCCUCUUCGAAAAGAGGCCCAAGAACUUUGGCAUUGGACAGGAUAUCCAGCCAAAGCGGGAUCUCACGCGCUUCGUGAAAUGGCCGCGCUACAUCCGGCUGCAGCGCCAGAGAUCCAUCCUCUACAAACGCCUCAAGGUGCCUCCUGCCAUCAACCAGUUCACUCAGGCUUUGGACCGUCAGACAGCUACCCAGCUCCUGAAGCUGGCACACAAAUACAGGCCAGAAAACAAGCAAGAGAAGAAGCAGAGGCUGCUGGCCCGUGCUGAGCAGAAGGCUGCAGGAAAGGGAGAUGCACCCACGAAGCGGCCGCCGGUCCUGCGCGCAGGUAUCAACACUGUCACAACUCUGGUAGAGAACAAGAAAGCUCAGCUUGUUGUUAUUGCCCACGAUGUAGACCCCAUUGAGCUGGUGGUCUUCCUGCCUGCUCUGUGCCGCAAGAUGGGAGUGCCCUACUGCAUCAUCAAGGGCAAAGCCAGACUGGGCAGACUGGUCCACAGGAAAACCUGUACCUCUGUUGCUUUCACCCAGGUUAACCCGGAGGAUAAGGGAGCCCUUGCAAAGCUGGUGGAGGCUGUCAAGACCAACUACAAUGACAGAUAUGAUGAGAUCCGUCGGCACUGGGGCGGUAACGUCCUGGGACCAAAAUCAGUGGCUCGCAUCGCAAAGCUUGAGAAAGCAAAGGCUAAAGAACUGGCCACCAAGCUGGGCUAAAGAUGUGCUGGAUGGCUGCUGUGUUUCUGUACAUAAAAGGAAUAAACCCCCAGGUGAAGUUUC